ACCAUUUGUCUGGAUGUGAAUUAAUUUCUUAACUUUGUUUUUCUUUAAUGUGCAUCAAUAAUAUUCAUAUAUUUUCAGGUGUAUUAACCUGUCAAUACAAAACUUCAGGCCUGCUGUGAAAAUUUGUAGGUAUUGAGUAAUACUAUAAUACUUACCUACGUUUGUUUUCCUGAAAACAUUUUUGUUCAAAUGGCUGCUGAAGAAGAAGAUAAUACAUGGUUAAUUGAAUUAGAAUCUGCUCUUUUGGAUGGCUGUACAGCACAAGAAAUAAAUGUUCUUACAAAAGGAAAGAAAAUUCCAGAGAGCUUGCGCCCAGACGUCUGGCUUCUUUGUUUAGGUUGUCAAGAUGCAGGUAACCAGAUGUUAUCAUUUGACGAAAUUUUUGAUUUGACCAAUCAAACUUUACUUAGAGAUGAUGUAAAGAAAUUUGUUAAGGGAUUGGACAAUGAUGAAGAUGAGAAACUAUCUGUUAUUUCAGAUAUUGAGUCCAUAAUCACAUUUUAUUGUAAAUCAAAAGGUAUUCAUUACAGUUCAAGUAAUGGUUGGAUUGAAAUUUUAUUGCCAUUGUUAAGCUUAAAAUUACCAAAAUCUGAUACAUAUAAUUUGUUUGAAAAAAUUAUACAAUUAUACAUACCAAAAGGAUGCACCAAAAAUGGUGUACCAUUUCACAUAUUGAGAUUGGUAUUACAAUAUCAUGAUCCUGAACUUUGUUCAUUUUUAGAUACUAAAAGAAUAACUCCUGAGCAGUAUUGCCUACCAUGGUUAAGAUCUCUGUUUGCAGGCACCUGUAAUAUAGAAGUUGUCCUUUUUAUGUGGGAUUUAUAUUUCCAGAGAUCAGACCCAUUUUUCAUAUUCUUUCUUUGCCUUAUUAUGAUAAUUAAUACAAGAGAACAAUUAUUGCAAAUGAAAAAUGAAGAUAAGAUAACUAUAAUUCAAACUCUUAGCAAAAUGCCUGCUGACUUAGAAGCAAAUGAUGUAUCAGAUUUCUGUUCAUUAGCUCAUUAUUAUUCUUUGAAAACCCCCCUUUCUUUUAGAGAAGAUGUGUUAGAAGUAUUAUUUUCAGAAAGUGGUUUAGAAAUUAAUUCAAAACUUUAUUCACAAGCUUUGUGUCUUCCUGUUGCUGUGCAUGAGUUAAUUGAGAGUGCCACAGUGGAUGCUACAGAUGCAGACAAUGUAAAAUUUUUUUUGGUAGAUUGUAGACCUGCAGAGCAAUAUAAUUCUGGACAUUUAUCUACUGCAUUCCAUUUAGACUGUAAUUUAAUGUUACAAGAGCCCAAUGCUUUUAAUACAGCUGUUCAAGGUUUAUUGAAUGCUCAGCGCCAAGCUUUGGCUGCAGGCUCACUUGCAGCUGGCGAACAUCUGUGUUUUGUAGGAUCUGGCAGGACUGAAGAAGAUAGUUAUGCACAUAUGGUUGUUGCUUCAUUUUUGAAACGUAAUACAAAGCAUGUUUCUAUGCUUGAUGGAGGCUUUGUGGCCAUUCAUGAUUACUUUGGUCCUCAUAUGACUGAUUGCUUAGAAGAACAUAGUCCUUCCACAUGCUUAGUGUGUGCUCCAAAUAAUAAUAAUAGUAGUUCAGAAUUACGUCAGGCUACUGUGCGAGAUAAUAUACCUGCCAUACAACUGUUUAGUAAAUUGUCAUCAGCAAUGAAGGCAAAAAGUCAAGAGGUCAAGGGAAAACUUAUUGAGUACAUUGUGAACCCAAAUUCAACAGUAAGUAGUGGUGAAUGGCAUGUUUCAGCUAAUGAUAAAAAAGAACAAAGGUAUAGAAAUGUACCUCCAGUAUUCAGCAUUAAUGAUGAAGAUGAUGAUUCUCGAUCAGAAAUGAAACGUGAUGGCACUGAUGUUGAUUUAUUGGAAGAAUUUAUAGAUGUCAAUUCCUUUUUGAAAGAACACAAAGUCAUUGACAAAUUUCCAUGUCAAGAAGUCUUAGUAAAUGGUUAUAUGCAUGAUUCUUAUCUCAUAGUCACAGAAACACAUUUAGUUGUUUUGCGUGAUAUCCCAAAUAAAAAGGGUAUUGCACGAGUAAUGUCAAGAAGACCACUAUCAACAAUUGUUAAAAUUACAGCUAAAAAGAGGCAUCCAGAAUUAAUAACUUUUAAAUAUGGUAUCCCAGAUGGUGAUAAUUUGUUAAUAAAAGAUAUGGAUAGGUUCCUUAUUCCUAAUGCUUCCAUUGCCACGAAAGUAGUUUCCCACCAAAUAGUCCAGCAGCUAGAUAAUAAAGUACAGUAAAUUUAGCAGUUUCUUCAAACUUAUAGAUGAGACUUGAAUAUAAAAACACAAAGUAGGCAAUACUGCUCUUCAUGCUUGUUGACUUUGAUGUUUUCCUGUUUAUUUUAAUAGCAAGUAACAUUUUUAUCAGUGGCUCUUAUCUUCUGGUAUUUCUGGUAUUUCUCUCCUUAUUUGUAAAAAUUAAAACUAACAACAAACCGAUUUUAAUUAUUGGCGUGUUUUAUCGCUUUCAAAUCGCAAUUUCGGCGUAAACUAAAAAGACAAACACUUCAAUAAAUAAAAUAGGUUUAUGAGACAUUAGGCAUUUUUAUGAAUAAGGUGGAUAGCGUAAUGUAAUUGUAUAUGUAUACUAUGUACACAAUAUAGUUUGGUAUUACAAUUAGCAUGGAAUUAUUUUGUCAAAAUAACAAAUACUAAUGCAAUGGCAAUCACCUUUGAAAUGUAUAGAUUUCUAAAUUAUUACAUUGUUAAAAUGCAAUUGUCCGCCUAAUUUUUGUUUUGAAAAGGUAUUAGGAAUCAUAAAUUAAUGCGAAAGAACUGCUUAUGGAAUUAUGUAUUUCAUUAAUUAUUCCUUCUUCCACGCUACUUUAUCUAUAUGUAUUAUAAAGCUGUUUAUAUUGUGAUAUUUUUUUAUUACUUAUUAUCAAUAGGUAUUUAUUUAUUAAUAUAUAUAUCUAAAAUUAAAAUAUUAAUGUAUUGUCUGUCAUUUAUAAAUCUAAUAUAAAUAGUACUGUGACGUGUUUUUAUGUAUAUUCCAUUAUGUAUUUUUUAGACUGUGUUAUAAAAACUAGAUAACCAAAGUCUUAUGUAAUCUAUACUUAUAAUAAAUCUGUAGAGAGGUCAAUUCUGUACAUGAGAUAUAUUUUCAAAAUAACUAUCAGGGGGUGAUUACUGAUCAAUACUGAUGCCAAAAAUGCAAUCAGUAAAAUUUUUGUCUGUCUAUCUGUAUGUUCGUUACUUGUUACUCGACGGAUUUUAACGAAACUUGGUACAAUUAUUUUACAUACUCCUGGGCAGGUUAUAGUAUACUUUUUAUCAAGCUACGAUCAAAAGGAGCAGAGCAGUAAAGGGAAAUGUGUCUGUUACAUCAAAACCACUGAACCGUGAGAAAGGACAUAGGCUAUUUAUUUUACGAAAAACGACGGAAAGUCGCUGUCAACAGCUAGUCAUAAAAAAGUAAUAUGACUAUGGCAGUCAAAACUUUGUAUUAAUUAUUUCUAGAAAUUGUGGUUUUAUUUACUGUAUAGAACAUGGAAUUACUCUUUAUUACAACUAUUUACUAUAACAGGCACAUUUAAUAUAAAUGUAAUUAAAUAUAAUUUAAUAUAAAUGUAAUGUAACAAAGCAUGAUAAAGUCAUUAUAUUUGUUGUAGAUAAAAAAUAUUAAAGAAAAUAUUUUUUAUUAAAAGACAGAUUUAUUAAGUGGGUCUAAAAUAAUUUGAUACCAAUUUAUCAGUACAUACUUAUAAUGUUGGGCUUGGAUGCUUUUUAUAUAUUUUUAUUGAAGUUAAAAGAAGCUAAAUAAAAAGAAAGAUGCUCUACUAUAAUAUUUUUUGUUUAACUUUAACGAAGCUUUUUUUUUAUUGAAAUUGGAAUUUUAUUCUGUACAUCGCAAACUUUUAUAUUUACAUUGCUCUUUAGUAUAACGGUACUAUAAAGGUAAUACGAUGCUAAAUCUUUUAUUAUCGCUAGGUGGACUAUAUAAAAAUAUAUGAAGUUUAGAAUGUAGUUAUUUAUUUUAGUGUAGGUAUAAAAUCGGAGAUUUUAGGCAGGAACAAAAUGUUUGCGGAGAGUAUUAUUACCAAAAAUAAAAUAUUAAAAAAUGUUUUUUCAAAGGACCAAAAAUGCGAGCGAAGCUAAGCUGGUAUGGAAACAUGGUGUUUAGGAAGGUGAUAUAUACAUAUGUAUAUAAACAUAAAAAGAAGUGAACAAAAUAUGACAAAACAAGUAAAAAAUUUACUUUUUAAUAUACAAAAAAAGGAACCAAAAAAGUGCGUUGUGCACAUCUGUUAUUGAGUGGUCUAAGAAGCUUUCUGUAUUUUCUUAAUAAUAGUUAAAAUAUCAUUAUUAAAUUUAAAUUUUUAUAUGA